AUGUUGUUGCAAAACCAGCCUGACAUCAAUGCUCUGUUGCACAAUAUGCGGCAACAAAUCUUGGCGUUGACCACGCAACUCGCCAAGCUGCAGGCAAAUCCCCCUGCGGCAACCCCCUCGGUAGAGAAAAAGUUCAACAAGAAAGUCGAAGUUGUUGCUGACCCUGGCACCUUUGAGGGAGACAGAGCGCAAUUUGCCGAGUGGUGGAUCAAGCUCCAAAUAUGGGUUAAGGCAAAUUGGGACGCAUUUGCCGACAAUUUUGAGGGACCUGUGGCGAGUCAAUACGCCCAAGUUAGAAUGCAGGAGUGCUACACCACGGGAGUGUGGCCUACCUGGGAUGAUCUCAAAGUAGAGAUCGAAAAAUAUUUCAAACUGCAAGCUGAGCGUUGUCGAUGA